ACAGUUGCUGACUAUCCCAAAAUGGAAACAAAUUUUGUCCAAUGUUCUAAAACAACUACUUCUUUCUCAUACUAAAAAAACCAACAUAGCAGAUAAUAAUAACUUUGGAACAGCAGUCAGUAUUAUUUCAAAAGAGUUGAUACAGAAUUUAGACUUUGAAAUCACUAAACUAUCCAAUACCAUAGUAAUUAUUGCUAAUAGUACCUGUCAAUAUGCUCUGAGAAGAAUACCUAAUAUAAAAUUAAUUAUCAGAAGCUUAAUAGAACUUACUAACUUCCAAGUUCUAGAAAAUUCUGAGAAAAAAAUUAUUCCUAAGAAAACUUUUAGUAAUAGAGACUAUUUUUUCAAUCAAUAUAAAACUAAAGAAAUUGAAGAAAUAAAAAGCUUUCAUAUUGAUGAGACUAUACUAAAUAAGGAAGAGUUAUAUACUAACCUAUUGGAAAAUAAGUAUAGCCUGACCUUGUAUCUGACUAGAAUUGAAGAAGUUCUAACUAUUAAAAAAAGUAAAGAAACCAAGUUAACCUCAGAAGAAAUUAUUAAUGAAUUAGUGCAAGUAGAAACCCUAAAUCAAGAGCAAGUAAAAGAAGCAACACUUAUCUUAAAAGAGUUUGAUAACUUAUUUUUAACCAGAUCAGAUAUAUUAAAAUAUGCUACUGCAGUAUACUACAAAAUAGAUACAGAAAACGUAUGA